AACGCGUCAGCACGCCUACCUGCCAAGAUGGCGAUUCUAGCCACGCCUUUAAACUUCACCUGGCCUCAACACUCCCUCCUUGCUGGCACACGUUCACAUAGGGAGUGGACUCGUUGUGUCAACAGCUGCUCCGUGAGCUUGAUGUAACGCAGAGGAAAAUGUGGCGUCCCAGCUCCAGACAAGAAGCGAUGAAAUGUGUCCGCUGAUUUUAUUUUUGUUUUUUCUCUCAGGAUUGAAAGUUUCAGAGCUUCACUGUAGGGCAGCAUGUCCGUAUCAACAGGCGCGGCCCUUCUGUGGAUUUUACUUCUUACGUUCAUCGUGUCCACCGUGUCAGGGGCCCAGAAGUUGACUCUCACUGCUGAACCUGGAGCCACUAUAAACAUCAGAAAUAAUAAUCAGGUCAAAGGUUGCCAAGUGUGUACAGGAUCAGGAAACACACAACAUUGCAGUAUUGAAUCUCUGAACUCAUUCAGUGGAAGUACUGUGUCAGUGGAGCUUGAAUGCUCCAGACCUCAAGAUGUAUUCAGUAUAGAAAUUGUACGGCGUAUAAAUUGCACCACGAAGUCAUGCAGUGGUCACAUCAUCCAGACGGACUCCAACUCUGUUGAUGUGCUGCGUUUUAACCGCACGUUUACCUGGAAUCUAGCGGCCGCAGCGCCAAAAGCUUUCCAAAUAGAUUUCACUAACACGGGUCUUAAACAGAUCAAUCCAUCUGAGAAAUGUCCAGACAGACACACCUACACCCUCCAGGCCUUCCAGUCUACAGGCAAUGUGGCUGUGGGGAAGUACUGCAGAAGUGGCACCAUCAGCAGUGCUCAGAUUUUGAAAAGCGGCAGCUUUUCUGUGGACGUCCCAGCAGAGCAGAAGCUGCAAAAUGACAAGUUUGAUGUGACUGUGCGGGAAAAAAUCAAGUCUCUUGCCCGAAUUUCUCUGACUUUACCAAAAGGGACCUCUUCCUCAGAGCUGCUCUCGCCAGACUACCCAGAGAGUUUUCCUGAUGACGACACCAUGGAGUGGUACUUUCAGGUCCCAGACAAACACGGGGUUGAUCUUCAGUUUCUAAACCUCACACAGCCAGAUUGUGUGAAGAAGGAAGUAGCAGUGGAGUACCACCAGAAAGGCAGGGUGACAUCGGUUCUGGGGCUAAAUGACACACAGCCGCUCCAGAACCAGGGAGACUUUUUGCUCACGCUGAGGAACUGCGAGAUGGAGAGAGCACAAGCUGAUUCUCCUGGACUCACCUUCACCCUCAAGGUGUCUGCUUCCAGCCCAGCUUCAACAGUGCCAUGUAGAGUAGAUCUCAGCAAAACUGAGGGCCUUUCUCUGAACAUUUCCACGGUGACAUCGACCCCUGACUGCGUGAUGAAAAUAAACUCGGCGAAAAAAGACAACAUCACAGUCACAUCAAGUGCUGAUCUGUCUUUUGAGGACUGCUUUCCUGGCAACAUGGAAGUCAGAGCCACGCAAGUCAUAGAUUGUAGUUCUGGUAAAUGUCCUGAUCCAGUCAGUCUGUCGGUGCCUCUGCUGCCAUCAUGCCUCCCUGCACCUCUGAGCCGUGUGACGUGGAUACUGCGUCCCGGUCAGCACGGCACGGUAAAGCUGAUUUCUCCCACCGGGCCCCUCAAGCAGUCCCUACCUGGACAGCUAUGUGAUGACAGCAUCACUAUUGACGUGGCAGAAGAGAAUGGAGCAACUAUUGGGAGCUUCUGCCCCAACGGAGCCAUACAGACCGUCCACAUUCACACAAGUGUGUCUGUCACAUGGUGGUCCAGCAUGAAUGCUAAAGCACCAAGAUCGGCCGUGUUGAAUGCCAGUUUUGAAAAGGAGAUUACAGAAAGAUACAUAUUCACCGUUUCUCCAAAGAGAGACACCCCAGAACUUGUGGCUACUCCAGCUUGGCCAGCGGGAAUGAAGGCCUACUCCACCGUCUCCUGGAUUGUCUCAGUUCCUCCGAAGAUGGAGGCGCAGCUGAUUUUUACCAAGCUCAGCCAGCCCAAGUGCAUCAACCGCCACACCAACAUCCGGGUGCAAAGAAUGGGCAGCCCCAAGGAGGACUACAGCCGCAGGGAGGAUGAGGUGGCCAAUAGCGAGCUCACGGUCUCUGAGAGCUUCUACCUCAACAUGUCCAACUGUUUGCCUGAAAGAGGAAACUUCAGCGUAAUUACCAAGAUCUCCCUGCAGAAGAGCAAUGGCCUUUUACUAAUCAACAUCCUGAGUGUGGUGGCUGCUCUGCUGGUCAUUUUUGUAAUGGUGCUGGUUGUGGUCUGUGUGGUGAUUAGGAAGAAGAAGAAGAAGAAGAAGCUCAAUCACGAAGUCUCUGUCUAUAAUCCAAAUGGCAUCAACUUCCUGCCAGGAUACAACGGACCCCCGAAAACACACGAAGACGAUGACGCUCACGUGUACACCUCCAUCGACGACACACUCGUCUACACACACCUGCUGAAAAAGGGUGCAGAUGUUGGCUUCUAUGGAGAAACAUACCAACAUUUCACGGGACACACAGACUCUCAAAAGCCACUGCUCUCGUCACAGAAGGGUCCUCCACUUCCCAACAGGUCUCCGAGCCAAGACCAAACCCUGAUGGACCAAAGUGAGGACGAACAGUCUUCAAAUCUGGGGCCUCGGCUGGAACCAGAGGGCGGCAACUGAGCAGAAGAUUGGACUCGACUUUUUGAUUUUUCUUUUGACCCACUUGAACUUUGGGAUAUUUAUUCCCCGUGUGUUUGCUCGCUGUUCAGACCCCCAAAAGACACUUUUUUGUAUUGAGUGCAAUACUUUUGCACUAAAGUGAGGCGCACACAAACAGCUUCCAAACCUGUCUGCAGCUGUUACAGCGUUUUGUCUCAGGUUAAGGUUCUUCUUUUUCAAAAGCAGCACUUAAUCAUUCCUUCUACACAGGUUUUUAGUUUUUAUAAAGAGGUCUUCUGUUGCUUUCAGGAAAUGAACGUUUUCCAUUUGUGAUAUUUUGUAAAUACAUCGUUAUCAGAACACAACGGUCUGGACUGCAGCAGCCGUAUGUUGCAGCAGCAUGUCCUUCUGUUGUUCAUUGUUGCUUUUUGUUUUCUAGCUGUAGCGUCAUUACACCAUAAAUGAGCCUUACAUAUAGGUCAGGCUCCCUUUAGAAAUUAGUACGGAUCUUAUAGUUGUUUUCAGUCAUUUGUGUUACUGGGACGGUGCCAAACUGAAACCGAGCAUUGGAGAAGCUCGAGCCUAAAGUGCUACUAGUUCAUACUGAGACUGUAUAUCAUGAUCAGUAGUUAAAAAAACCUGUUUCACCAUUUGUUAUGAGGACAGACACAGCUUUGUUUGGAUUACAAUGGGGAAAAAUAUACAUUUAUUUGCAGUAUAUCAGAAGCUGCAUCUGCCAUAAAAUGUAUUUAUUUAGUAGUGAGCUGUAAUAUGUUGCUGUUUAAAUGUCCCUUAUGAGCCUAAACACAAAAGAGAAAAGUUUUCUUUCAAGGCAUGCAUCUGUCCUCUUUGAGGAAAAGUGCUUCAGAAGGACUUUGGUCUUGAAAAUUCCUCUUCCCUGCGGAGUGUGGCCAUAAAUGUUUUACAGUCUCAGUGGCUCACAGUGAGUAAAGAAACUUUAGAGGAGCCUUUAAAAUCCGGAAAUUUGGGGAAAUGUUCAGACUUGUUGAUCUGUCGCCUUCAUUUGGGUGAGUAAAGUACUUUGAAUGCAAACACAAAAUGUAGUGUGUGUGUGUGUGUGUGUGUGUGUGUGUGUGUGUGUGUACUCAUCAUACUGUCAUCAUUCUCGCAUAGUGAAUAGGCUGGAUUUAAUUCCAGUAUAAAUUGGACAGGUGGGAGUCUUGCGUUCAUACUGAAUCAGUUGCACAAUGAAUCAGUCAACUUGGCACACCUAUUUAAAAACCAAA